AUGACAAUGCAACAUGACAUGACGCGCAGCCUUUGGGAGAUGGAUAACUUUGUGGUCACGGAUGAUACCUUCUCAUUCCCCAAUAUUGAACGCAUGGAAGAGCUGCACAAGACGCAGCCGUGGAAGAGGUCACCACGCUACUUUCAACGGGUGAAGGUCUCUAUUCUGGCUGCGCUGCAGAUGAUAAGCCAUGCGCAACGUGGAAGUCCCAACGUGACGUGUUCCGAUGACGGUGACGCUGGCUCUGCUUCUUUUUCAUCCAUACGAGAUGAACCUCGUCACGAGAAUUGGUUUGAGGUGAUGGGUCUAAUGUUGGGUCACUUUACCGAGGAGGAAAUGAUUGUGACAAGUGCCUUUGCACUCCCCGUCGACGCCUCCGAGGUGGAGUGCGCCAUGAAUGAUGCAUCACAGCUGUAUAUGCUGGACUACCUUCAGUACCAUCAGCGUUGUGGGUCGCAGGAAGGUUGCAUUGGGUGGUACCACAGUCAUCCUGGCUACACCUGUUUUCUUUCAGGUACGGAUGUCAGCACACAGCAGCUUGGACAGACAGCACAGGACCCGUGGCUGGCCAUUGUCGUAGACCCGGUACGCACCAUAUCCACUGGCAGGUUAGAUAUGAAGGCUUUCCGCACAUUUUCAGAGGAAUACGCAGCAUCUUUACAGGAGAUACAUCAACAGGUGAGCGGAAGACACCGGACGAACUCAACACCCACGUGGGUGUCUUCAGACCGUAUUAAAGAGUACGGCAUACACGCGCACCGCUACUAUGAGCUUCCUAUCACGCUUGUGCGCAGCAAAAGCGAUGAGGCUCUAAUAGACUGUUUGUGGUCUCGUUACUGGGCACUGACUUUUCGUUCAAACCCACUCACUACGAAUAGGAAGCUCAUGACACAACAUAUUCAUGAACUGACUGACGUGCUUGAGAGUGAACUUGCAUCUGGACGUAAAAGGGUGGUGAAGGACGAUGAAUGUCAGUUUGAUAAUAAAUCACAAAGUAAGGAGCAAUACACGGACGCCGUUGGCAACAGUGACGAGACGCACGACAGCAGCGAAACGUUUAAGGAAAAGAGUCUUCAUGCGCGCUACUUGGCAUCUGUGUUGGACUCAGAGGUGGUAUUGGGUGGCACACUUUUGGCGGUUAAAAAUUGUGUUUUUCAAUCCUAA